ACUUUUUGGGGGCUUAAUUUACGCGUAAUACCAUAUUAAUCCUGUUCUGUUUAAUACAAAUUAUGUAGCCUACGCUUUAUUUUUAUGUUUUCCAUCGGAUGCCUUUAAACAAACAGUGUAGAUAUAUAUUUAAUGGCUCUCGAGAAAUAAAACAAACAAUGAUUACAUUUGAAUCCGGAUUGAUGGAGUUCCUUUCACUACAUCUGUACCAUGGAGAGUAAGUCCUGUUUGAUCCAGAGUAAAGGGAAUGGUGUUCAAGGCAAUCGAAUACACGGCAACGGCGUUCAUCAUGUUGCCGUGAUGGGUAUACCGGCCGAACUGAAGGCCCGGAAAGCGCAGUGGGACAUUCAAGCCUCGGAGAUGUCCAGGAAGACCCUGAAUCCUAUUCGUGCCAUCGUAGACUGUAUGAAGCUCACGCCAAACCCUGAUAAGCCAAUGAUUGCCCUGUCCAUUGGAGACCCCACUGUGUUUGGGAACCUUCCCACAGAUGAAAAGGUCCUGCAGGCCAUGAAAGACGCCAUUGACUCACACCAGUACAAUGGCUAUGCUCCUUCAGUGGGCUACCUGCAAAGCAGAGAGUCUGUGGCAAAGUUCUUCAGCUGUCCUGAAGCGCCACUGGCUGGAAAGGAUGUGAUUUUGAGCAGUGGCUGUAGCCAGGCCAUAGACUUGGCCAUCAGUGUGCUCUGUAACCCAGGAGAGAACAUCCUGGUGCCCUGCCCCGGAUUCUCCCUCUACAAGACUCUAGCUGUGUCUCUAGGCAUUGAGGUCAAACUCUACAAUCUGCAGCCAGAGAAAUCAUGGGAGAUAGACCUACAGCACCUGGAGUCUCUGAUUGACGAGAAGACGACUUGUCUGAUCAUCAACAAUCCUUCCAACCCCUGUGGUUCUGUCUUCAGCAAGGAGCACCUGCAGCAGAUUCUUGCAGUUGCCUCCAGGCACUGCGUCCCCAUCCUAGCUGACGAGAUCUAUGCGGACAUGGUGUUUCCAGGCUGUGGUUUCCACUCCAUAGCGGCGCUCAGCACAGACGUGCCCAUCCUGUCCUGCGGCGGUUUGGCUAAGCGAUGGCUGGUGCCGGGCUGGAGAUUGGGCUGGAUCCUCAUCCAUGACCGGGGCCAGACUUUCGAACCUGAGAUCCGGGAGGGUCUCGUGAAGCUGAGCCAGCGUAUUCUGGGUCCCUGCUCCAUUGUCCAGGGAGCGCUGGACAGCAUUCUGAACAAUACGCCCCAGGACUUCUACAGCAAUACCAUCAGCCUCAUCCAGUCCAACUCACAGAUUUGCUAUACCGCCCUGUCCACAAUCCCUGGCCUGUUCCCAGUGAAGUCCUCAGGAGCAAUGUACUUAAUGGUCGGGAUUGAGAUGAAACACUUCCCCGGUUUCCAAAGCGACGUGGACUUCACUGAGCGGCUGGUGACCGAGCAGUCUGUGUUCUGUCUCCCGGCAACGGUUUUUGAGUACCCCAACUUUUUCCGGAUUGUGGUGACGGUAACCGAGCACAUGAUGGUGGAGGCCUGCAGCCGGAUCCGAGACUUCUGCCAGGCCCAUUACAGGUUCAGCAGCCCAGAGCCGAACGAUCUGGACCAAUGAGCCACAGCAACAGACACAAGGAAGGAGAAAAGAGAGAAAGAUGAAGGGAAAGCUGGGUAGAUAGGGGAGGAGUAAAGAAAGUAGACCUGGGUCUAAUAUGUCAUUGUUUUGGAUUACUUUUAUUGUGCUCAUUGAUCUUGCCUGGUGCAAUGGAGCUGAUCGAGAGGACCACAAGGUGGGGUUUGCACUGUUUGAGAGUAUUUCAGUAAGUUCACUGAGCAAGUUUAAUAAAGCAUAGCAAAGUAUUUGAAUACAUAUUUGACCUAGGUCUGAAAGAAAGAACAGAAAAAGUAUUAAAAAGGAGGGACUUGAUUGUCACCUUUUACAUCAUUGAGACACACAUUGAAAUUCCAAUGUGAUCUAUUUAUAUUUCUGUAGCAUUUUGUGGGUGGUCAAAUAUUGCCUCGUUUGUAUUUAUUCACUGUUACCAUAUUCAUUCCAAACCUUCAAGUGCUGUGGUUGGUUUGACGGCCCUGGGCUGGUGUUCUGUUCCUUGCCUAUAUUCCUGCUCAGCAUUGGGGGCAGACCAAACCCACAAGCUUGGGCAGAUCCAGGCAGUGGGAAAUCCCACCAAGAAAACGAAAUGCAUAGAGGAAACAAUAGGUGGCCUGUAGCGUAGUUCAUGACUAGGACCCAACUAGGGCAUGACUAGGACCUACAUGACUAGGACCCGCAAGGUCGGUGGUUCGAUCCCCGGUGUAGCUACCUUAACCCUGCAUUGCUCCAGGGGAGGAUUGUUUCCUGCUCAGUCUAGUCAACUGUAAGUCCCUUUGGAUAAAAGCAUCAGCCAAGUGACAUGUAAAGAGAUUUAUCUCUGUUCUGGGUUUGUGAGCAGUGUCAGUCAUGCCCCGUGUAACCGCAUACAGUACUUGCUUGUAUUUAUAUUAUCAGUACCGUCCUAAUAUCCUCUGCAGAGAUGAAAACAAUAUGAUGUAUUGAGUGCAUGCACUUCUUCUGUUAGACCUGACUACAUGCCCAGUAAAUGUUGACGUCCAGUGGAAGUCAGAAUUGCAUUUGUUCUGUUAUUGUAUUUUAUUAAAUGUUUUUGAUAUUGAUUGUAUGGUAAUGUGCAAUAUGCAGUUGGGACAGUUGUAUCCCAAUACAAAUUUGUAUUUCAAAUCAAACAAUGGUUGCGAGGCAAAAUUCAUAAUGUCUACAUUUACUUUCUGUGUGUUUCUUUAUACGGACAUUGAAUUAUAUUCCAACAAUGCCAUUAACCUGACCCACAGGUCCACCUAUUAGUCACCUAUGAAUGAGUCAAGUCCUCAUAAGUAUCGGGACGAAUGACUGUCAGCUGUUUCAAGUUUCAUAGGUUUACUAUUUUACUCUAUUCAUAAAUGGAAGCUGUGAGUAUAAGCACAUGAGUUAUAUUCUUUGGAACCAUUUGUAGACUCUACUUUAUGAGAUUUUGGCCAGAGAACUGCGUAUGACAACCAAGAAAGAUUUUGUUUUUUAUUGCUGAAUGUCUGUGUAUCCCAGUGUCAACAGUACGAAAUGUCUGAAAGAACCGUGAAUACUGGGGGAUGUAGAAAUUGCCUGUGAUCAGACCAUCCAUGGAAGAUACUGCAUCAGAAAGCAAUGACAGGAUGAUUAUAAGAGCUGUAAAAAAAAAAACUAAAUUGUCAGCUUGUGUAAUUACUAAUGAUCUCCGUAGAUUGUGGGUGAAAGUAUCAUAGGACAUUGCAUGCAGAAAUUACAGAGUGGCAAAUUACAGAGGCUACACUACCAGAUGUAAGCCUGGCAUCAUCACCAAGCUUGACAGGCAAGACUUGAAUUCAUGAAUGAUAAAUAAUUAAUAAAACAUAAAAUAAAAUACAAAGAUGAACCUGGUGAGUUUUGGAAACGUCUUAUGUUUUACAUGGGUGACAUGGGUCAGGCAGUAAGAGCAGUCGUCUGGCAGUCAGAGGGUUGCCGAUUCGAUCCCCCGCCCGGGCUGUGUCGAAGUGUCCCUGAGCAAGACACCUAACCCCCAAAUGCUCCUGACGAGCUGGUUGGCGCCUUGCAUGGCAGCCAAUCGCUGUUGGUGUAUGAGCGUGUGUAUGAAUGGGUGAAUGAGAAGCAUCAAUUGUACAGCGCUUUGGAUAAAGGCGCUAUAUAAAUGCCAACCAUUUACCAUUUACAUAAACCUUUGAUGGAAAGGCAAAAGUAUGGAGAAAUAGGGGGACUGCUCUGGACCCUGGGCAUACUACUGUAUCUGUCAUGCCUGGUGGAGGCAGUGUGACACCUUGGGGCCUGCGUGGCUGCAUCAGGAACUAUUGCCAUGGUCCCAAUUGAUGAUGUAGCCAGUGAAGGCAACACCAGAAUGAGAGCUUAAGCGCACAGAAACAUAUUGGACGUGUUUGAAUUGGCCUAGUCAGUCACCAGACCCUUUUCACUUGCUCAAAAGGAAACUGAAGCCUCAAACCCAAACAAACAGACAUCAACUGAAAGAGGCAGUGGUUAGAGAUUUACAUCUCAAAGGAUCGCAUCACCUAGUGAUGUCCAUGAGCCGCAGAUUGAUGUGCUCAUCAAAUGUAAGGUAGUGAAAUAGUGACCUUGCAAGUCAUUACAUUUGUGAAAAAGUAUUUUGUCUCAAUGCUUACAGUAUGCUGACUUGAAUUUGACUCAGUGAAUGCAUUGUUGUAAUAUAGUUCAUUGUCUGUAAGAAAAAACACAAGAAAUGUUGACAGUA